AUUCAUCGUCCAGCAUACUGGAACCAGACCCGGCGUCCCAUUGGGAGUCGUCAUCUUCGUCAGUCAUCAUCUAUUCACUUGGUUGCUAUGUUCCGAUACUGCUGACUUCGACUUGUCUUAGAGAUUUUGAAAUCUUUGAUCUUCAGGCCACAUUCCUAACCACAUUUUUUACAUCCAUGACUCGAGCGCGCAAUGUCAUGGUUGCUACUGGCUUAGUUGCUUUUGCAGCAGCUGGCUUGGCAUUUCCCUUCUACAUGGCGUCGUCGAGGCAGCCAGUUAUUGAUCCAUCAAGGCCAUUGCCACCACAAGCAACUUUUCGAGGCCCCUACAUAAACACUGGCUCGCGUGACAUUGGGCCUGAUCAUCAAACUUACUCGAAGAAAUAAAGCAGUCGGUGAACGAAACAUUCCGAGUUUGUAAGUACACUUAGCCUAUUUAUGCCUAACUUUCAGAAGCAAUUUUCUGCAGUUUGAUGAAACCCGGACAUGGCUUAUUGCUGAACCAGGAAAGUGUCUUGAAUGUUCUUGUGAAAAUCACUUUCGUGGUUGCGUAUGGUUCUGGAAUGUGUUAGAAUCAACCAUGUUCCGGGGAAAAAUGUUAGAAUCAACUGGAAUGUGAGAGUUCUUUCUUUUCUUUUCUUUUUUUUUAAGAGUGGAUGAGAGAAUUUCGACUGCGGCCAAGUAAUGGCAGUAAAAUACAUUUACGACAUAUAUCAGUUUCCUGAUUACAUAUAAUUUUGGAGUGGGUUGGAAUCAAUCGUCUUUCCAGAAUGUUAGAAUCAAUUAGAAAUAUAUCUACGACAUAUUUUGCUACGCAUGGAAAGCAUUGGUGCGAGGUUUAUCCAUGGAGCCUGUGGCGUUGAUAUCCACUAUUAGUUAAGAUGCUGACUGUGGCAUUGUCAAGUGGCUGAGAGAGGGACCAACAAAUGUCACGAGUCCUUUAAUUUUUAAAUUUUUAUUAACAUUAUAUGGAUGUUAUACAUUUCUGACUUUGAAAGUUUUGGAAUAUAUAUGUUUUUUAAUCUUAA